GUGACGAAUAAUUACAUGCCAUGGUGAUUGAGACAGCUCCCAUUUGGUGGUGUUGAUUUUGCGAGUGAGAGCUAAAACUGCUAAUCAAUCCUUCUUUUCCAAACUUAAAUUCCACCUUUAAACACCAACUUCACCUUACAUAACCCUCAAUGAUAAUUAUAUAGAAACUGCCAGUAUGCCUGGCCUCGUUCGAAAGCUUCUUAUCUUUGCCGCCAUCGAUGGCUUGAUUCUGCAACCAACGGCGCAAAAAGGCCAGCGCCCCGCUCCCGCAACGAAGAUCACGUAUAAAGAUAAGCAUGUCGGGCCAGCAUCGUAUGAUUCUCACGAUGCUGAGGGGUCGUCUGCCAAAGGUUUUGAAGCAUUCGGGAUUGUCGGUAUGCAUUUGUGACAUUGAUAGUGCCCCAAUUGUCUGACAUCUUUAGGUCUCCUGACGGUUUCUAAAAGCUCCUUCCUAAUAUCGAUUACGAAAAGGGAACAAGUCGCACAAAUACAAGGAAAACCUAUAUAUGUUAUUACUGAAGUAGCUUUGACCCCUCUAGCUUCCAGAAUAGAAGCGGAGAACUCGAUUAACAACACAAGAGCGGGGUUGUUGAAGAGUAGUAUUGAAGGUCAUGGAUUGGACGACAGUGAUAGCGAGGAUGACGAAGUGAAUGUUAGUGACGAAGUGGAGGACGACACAGCGACAGAAUCACAUACAAGAACGAGCAGUGUGGCGGAAGAUGUAAUCUCGAAGAAGGGAGGGUAUGGAAGAUUUGCUCAAAAAUGGUUCUCGAAGAAAGGAUGGGCUGUGGACCAGAAGAGAAACCUGGGAAUGAGCGCUGAACCGUAUGCUACACGAGAGCAAGAUGCCAGGUCUGUCGACGUAGCAGCUGCCAUUUCAAAGGAUGCUGAAGUGGAACCUGAGGUCUUGAUUUCCGAUAAGGUCAGGGACAUUGAAGAUGUUGGAAAGUCUGACAAGGUUAAGAACGUUCAGGAUAUUGCUGAGAGCAUGCUGCCAAAGUUAUUGCGCACGACACAAAUAUUGUUUGGAACCUCCCGGAGCUACUAUUUUUCUUACGAUCAUGAUAUCACAAGAAGUUUGGCCAAUAAAAGGAACACAAACUCUGAAUUGCCAUUGCAUAAGGAAGUCGAUCCACUCUUCUUCUGGAACCGACACCUUCUGUUGCCCUUUAUUAAUGCUGGGCAAGCUUCAUUUGCCUUACCUCUUAUGCAGGGCUUCGUAGGACAACGAGCAUUUGUAAUGGAUAGCAAUCCACCAAAGCCUGUUGUAAAUUCGGACACUGAGAGGACUUCCAUGGAACUGAAUGAGAUCACGACAGAUAGUUCCGAUGAACAAAUCUCCACAGCACGUGUUAGUACAGAUAAGCCAUAUCUAUUGACAUUAGUGUCUAGAAGGUCGGUUAAGCGUGCCGGACUUAGAUAUCUUCGUCGAGGUGUGGAUGAGGAUGGCAACACCGCCAAUGGUGUGGAGACGGAACAAAUUUUAUCGGAUUCUACUUGGGCUCCUUCAAGUAAGAUCCAUUCAUUCGUCCAGAUUCGUGGCAGCAUUCCACUCUUCUUCUCCCAGUCACCCUACUCUUUUAAACCCGUGCCACAGGUUCAUCAUUCUACCGAAACAAAUUAUGAAGCUUUUAAGAAGCAUUUUGAUAAUAUAACUGAUCGUUACGGGGCCAUCCAAGUAGCUUCGUUGGUGGAGAAACAUGGACCUGAGGCAAUACUUGGUGGAGAGUACGAGAAGUUGAUGACUCUGCUCAACGUGUCCCGAGCUGGCGAGCAUAAAAAGUCUAUUGGGUUUGAGUGGUUUGAUUUUCACGCCAUAUGUAAAGGCAUGAAAUUUCAGAAUGUCAGCCUUCUUAUGGAUAUUUUGGGGGAAAAGCUUGACUCGUUCUCAGAUACUUCAGAAGUCGAUGGGAAGCUUGUGUCGAAGCAAACUGGUGUUCUGAGGACUAAUUGUAUGGAUUGCUUGGACCGAACAAAUGUUGUCCAAAGUGCAGUGGCAAAACGAGCACUUGAAAUGCAGUUAAAGGAUGAGGGGCUAGACAUUACUCUACAAGUCGACCAAACUCAACAAUGGUUCAACACUUUGUGGGCUGAUAAUGGCGAUGCUAUCUCUAAGCAAUAUGCCUCUACAGCAGCAUUGAAGGGAGACUUCACUCGUACUAGAAAGCGGGAUUACAAGGGUGCUUUGACAGACAUGGGACUUUCUAUCUCUAGAUUCUACAGCGGGUCAGUUAGCCUUCCUGAACGCGGAUUUCUAUAAGCUAACCAAUUUUAGUAUUGUAAAUGAUUACUUCAGUCAAGCGGCCAUUGAUUUCCUGCUUGGAAAUGUAAGCUACCUUGUUUUUGAGGACUUUGAAGCAAAUAUGAUGAGUGGCGAUCCUGGCAUCUCUAUGCAAAAGAUGAGACAACAGGCUAUUGAUGUAUCUCAGAAACUCGUCGUUGCGGAUGAUGGUGAAGAAUUUAUAGGAGGCUGGACAUUUCUCACCCCACAAGUACCAAACACGAUCAAAUCUAGCCCUUUUGAGGAAUCUGUACUCUUGUUGACAGAUGCGGCCUUAUAUAUGUGCCAUUUUGACUGGAAUAUCGAGAAAGUAUCAUCAUUCGUGAGAGUGGGCUUGAAUCAAGUGGUCGGCCUUAAGUUUGGAACAUACAUCACAAGCACAUUGUCACAGGCUCAGGCAGACGAGAAGAGGAAUGUUGGCAUUGUAGUCACAUAUAGGGCGGGUUCAAACGAAAUUAUUCGUGUGAACACGAGAUCUAUGGCUACUGAAUUUCCGUCCUCGAAAUUGUCUCUAGAAGACAAAACAUCGACAACGGCGUCUGCAUCUAGCACUAACUCUGUUGUUGCUCCAAUCGCUGCCGGUUUCGCAAAUUUGAUUUCAGGUCUACAGAAUCAAACCGCGCCAGAACCUAAAGAUGCCAUGAAGGUUCUCGCAUUCAAGGCUCUGCCCUCCAGAUCAGCGGUAUCAAAUGAAGGAGUGAGCGAGUUUGAGCAAGUGAAGAGUGUUUGUUCAGAGAUUAGAAGAAUGGUUGAGACUGCAACUUUAAGGGAGGCUGGGGGUGAGAGACAAAACAUCGUAGAGGAGGGUACUAUCAUUAGCUUGGCCGAGGCCAAGAAGAACACGGGACUAUUCGAUAUGCUGGGGCACCAAGUAAAGAAACUGGUAUGGGCUUAAUAGUGGAUGUAUCAACACACGGGAAUAACUUUUGGAGAAGGGAAAGGAUACAUUUUGAGAGACUUGGAAUGGAAUUUGGGACGUGGUAGGGAGGUUAGCAAUAUCCAAAACGGGUUUUAUUAUGAAUAUCCACGUUGAGGGCUCGAACAUCUUAACUUCAGCAUCGAAAUGAAUGUGUAAAUAGACACAAGUAUGUGGUAUUGGCUGGACAAAUACGGAAUAUUUAAUGAGGAAUCUGUAGAAGCCGCUAACGAAGAAAUUAUAUACAUA